GUAUCGAAGAUGGCGUUUGGUAUGCUUGCCUUUUUGGUCUGUGCUUUGAGUAUAUGAGUUGAGAGGUCAUGUUGUGGCUGUACAGGACAUUGCUUUUGCCUCUUUUGGAAUACUGCAUUAAAUUCUGGUUUCCCUACUAUGAGAAAAAUGUUGUGAAACUUGAAAAGGUUCAGAAAAGAUUUACAAUGAUGUUGCUGGGGUUGGGGGCUUUGAGCUAAGGGGAGAGACUGAAUAGGCUGGAGCUAUAUGGAGUAUCAGAGACUGAGGGGUGGUCAUAUAAAAGCUUAUAGAAUCAUGAGAGGCAUGGAUAACAUCCAUAGUCAAGGUCUCGAAACUAGAGGGCAUAAAUCACAAGAUUUAAAAGGGACCAUGUCUUCAUGCAGAGGGUUGUGCACCUAUGGAAUGAGCAACUAGAGGAGGUAGUGGAAUUACAACAUUUAAAAGCCACCUGGAUGGAUAUAUGAAUCGAAAGUGUUUAAAUAGAUAUGGGGAAAAUACUGGAUACAGAAAGAGCCCAUUAAUCCGAACAUCUGGUCAGCAUAGACAAGUUGGACUUAAAGGUCAGUCUGCGUGCUGUACAUUUCCAUGAUUUUGACUCUUGGGCUUAGGCCUAGCUACAAGUCCUAAAUGCUCCAAAAGUGUUUAAUUACAUCUCUGAACAGAUUGAUUAGAUAACACCUACUACCUUGGCAGCAUUUCCCUCAUUUGGAGAGUCCUUAUGGUGCAUAAUGGUGGCCCUACCUCUGGGCUAGAAACUUCGGGUUCAAGUCCCACCUAUGCCAGAGGUAUUUAACGCCAUCUCUGAAAAUAUCUAUAGUCCUAUGACUCAGGACAAGGGUAGCGUGAUAUCUCGAAAUCCAUCAGCUCGCCAGAGUCUUCAGAAAGAGAAUCCUUGUUCCCAGUAAAACCCCGAAUUCUGAAAUAAGACCACUGCGAAAGUUGUUCGGAACUAGGAUAGUUAGGACAUUACCUUUCAGAAUACUUGACAGAAUAUAUUCACAGCCUGUGAGAUCUUGGUGUAGAUACUUUUAAUUUAUGUAAGUGAUGCUGUUGUACACCUCUGAAGCAAGUGGGGCUUGAACUCCGGUCUCAGAAGUAGGGACAUUACCAUUUCACCACAAGAGUCACGGUGUAAGCUUUUGAAAUCGAUUUCAGAAAGCAGUCAAUAUUUGAGUUUCUGAUCGGCUCUUGGCCUUUUGCCGAAUUGUGUGCACACCGCCACCCUCAGUGGCGAGUGUAGCCUUACUGGUGAAAGCUUUGGCAAAGUACUUUAAAUAAAGUACUGGCCUCGCCCCGUCUGUGGAGGAGGUUAUUUGUAGGCAGCGUGUUGCUUAUCUAUGUCUACAGCUCCUCUAGGGUGACUAAUAACAUUGUCUUAGGAUAAAAGCACAUUGAGCUGUUUACGGAGAGACGCGUACAGUAUAAAAGGAGUGUGUCUGGCUUGUGGCAGCAGUAUAGUCGAACAGGACUAGAGUGAAGCACGCAGUUCUUCUGUACUGGACCGAAGAUUAAUUUGAUUCCGCUGUUUACUUACCUCCGGCGCAUUUACGAUAGAAACCGCUGAUAGCCUUUCCUUAAGGAAGGGAAUACUAUCCGACUAGAACACUCUGAUUUAAUCUGCAGAAUGGACUUUAAUAUGUUCUUUUCCCUGCUCCCUCUCUUGUGGGCACUGCACUUUUCAACAGGUUCUCCACUUUCUGGUGCUGCAGUGACCAACUCUCCGGUCUCCUCUGCCAGCCAAGCUUCAAGUUCGAUUCCCCGCCGGCUCAGCCGUACUAAGCGCUGUUCCUGCUCCUCUUUUCUGGACAAGGAAUGCAUCUACUUCUGCCACUUGGACAUCAUCUGGAUCAACACACCCGAGCGAGUUGUCCCAUAUGGACUGGGCAGUUCCCCUCGGGUCAAAAGGUCCGUGAAGAAAAAAUUGACAACGCUGGCUCAACGGAGGCAACGGUGUGAAUGUCGAAGCCAAGAAGACAGCGUGUGCUGGCAAUUCUGUGAAGAUGGGCAACAGACACCAAGAUUUUCAGUCAAGACCAAAGUACAAAAGCAGAGCACAGUGGAAGCUUCAGAUAGAAUGGACCAUAACAAACCAAACUGCACUGGACUGAACUGUAUUUGUCAUCUCCUUAACAUGAAUAAAAGGUUGGAGUCAGCAAACAGCAAGCAUUUACCUACAUUAAUGAAAUGGAUCUACAGAAUAAGGGAAUUAAGAUAAGAUAGUCACAAUAAACUGAAGACGUUACCAAUUUCUAUGACACACCCUGUGGCACAAUGCAUUGACUGCAAACGCUGACAAGCUGCCUGUUGACCAAAGCAAAGAAAACACCAUGUGUUGGCUGCUUCACAGAAUGGAUUACCAUUCUAUUCUGGCAAGGGACCAGGGAUUGACACUUCAGUGAGGAGCUUGCCAAAACUGUUGGAGACCAAGCUACAGCCUAGCCGUACAUAAGAAAGACUGACCAGCAGAAUGGAAGUUAAAAACAAAACACCUUUAAAAAUGGAACAAGUUUGACUUAAAAUAAUACAAUGAAAUUCUGCAAUUCAUGCUCACCAGCUAUAGAAUGGAUAUGUGUCUACCAAAAUGGGCUGAUAUGCAUGUAACACACUAAACCAAGGAGUUCUCAUUUAACAACAGAAACAAAGAACUGAGGAUGUGGGAAAUCUGAAACAAAAACAGAAAUAGCUAGUGAAACUCCCCGGGUCUGGUAUCAUCUGUAGAGAGAAAACAGCAUCAAUGUUUUGGGUCAGAUGACCGUUCUUCACAAGAUGUUGCCAGAGCCAGUGAGGUUCUCCAGCAAUUUCUGUUUUUGUUUGAGUUCUCACUGAAUUCUAACUUAAUGAGAUUGGACAGAUCAAUGACCAGAGUGGAUUUCAGUGACAUGGCCAAACGUUUGAUCUUAGGAAUAGGAAAGUGAAUUUAACACAUCAAAUGAAGCAAUGAUUCAAAAGCACAAAGUGAUUGUGUACAAAAAUAAUACGUACAAACUUUAAUACUCAAUUUAAUAUAUUUUUCAAACAAUUUAUAUGGAGUGCUGAAACUGCAGAAUACACUUUUAAAUUAAAUCUACCUCACUUUUGUAAGUGUGAUUGGCUACAGAUAUGUCCAAGAUAUAGCAUUUACCUUCUCAUGAAUGGUUUGAAAAAUGUCAAUGAGGUUAGUGUGAUUGUGUAUUAUGUUUGGAUAUGAUAGAGUGGGAAUGUAUUUGAUAGCAGUAUAUUUUGUUACUUCAGAAAUAACAUGUCUGGAUAUUAUAUGAUUGACUACAGUGUUUGGAUGUAAAUAAUGGAACGUGAUUUUAUGCGACUAUAGAUCUGUGUGGAUAAAUGUAAUGCAUUUUAUUAACAGUUUAUUGUUCAGCCAGAUAAAUAUUACAUCUUUAUAUUUGGUAGAUGAAGUGUAAAGGAGAUUAGAUUAGAUUAGAUUCCCUACAGUGUGGAACAGGCCCUUCAGCCCAACAAGUCCACACCGCCCCUUGGAGCAUCCCACCCAGACCCCCUAUAACCCACACACCCCUGAACACUAAGGGAAAUUUAGCAUGGCCGAUCCACCUAGGCUGCACAUCUAUGGACUGUGGGAGGAAACCGGAGCACCCGGAGGAAACCCACGCAGACACAGGGAGAAUGUGCAAACUCCACACAGGCAGUUACCCGAGGCUGGAAUCGAACCUGGGUCCCUGGCGCUGUGAGGCUGCAGUGCUAACCACUGAGCCACCGUAAUGCAAUAUUUUUUCUAAAAAGAUGGCAACAACUGCAUAAUUGAAAUAUUAAUGAAGAUAGUAGCAAAUAAUAUCAAUAACUUGAAAGUGAGGCAUUAAUUGGCUUAAAUUUUUAACAUAUAAUUUGUAUUAUUUUGACAUUCCUAACUUUGGUAACUGACUGUAUUUUAAACAGUGUCAUAAUAUGUCAUACAGGCCAUAUUGGUCUAGUGUGAUUAUUAGCUGGUAUGUAUUUUUAUACAGAAAUCAGUUUUAUGUCAUGUUUUUGAAAGUAGUUUACCUAAACAAUAAAACAUUUCUAUUUAAUAUGAAAAAUAUAUACGCAUUCUCUUAUUCCAGAGAG